AUGGUCACCCAAAUAAUGACUCCUCUUUUAAUAAAACACUUGUACAAACUAGGUAUCAUUACGACAACAUCCAGAAAAUUGGAUAGAGAGGCCCAAGCGGAACACAUUUUGGAGAUACUGAUCAGCGACAAUGGUUCUCCACCGCUUACUUCUACCACCAGAGUUGUAGUAGGCGUAGAAGACAUCAAUGACAAUGUUCCCGAAUUCGAGCAAAUCUCAUAUGAAAUCCAAAUCCCGGCGGUUAAAAGCGAGACAGAUCAACCACUUUUCCAGAAAGACUCCCCCUUCAGUGAUAUAGAAGAGCUAGAUGACGCUCCUAGGGAGGAAGACGUUUGGGAAACUCAUGGUCCUUCGGAAUUUAUAGGUCUAAAUCGAGUUUUGAGGGUCUUGGCUUUUGACCGGGAUAUAGGACAGAACGCUCAAUUGAAUUACCACAUUAAAUCUGGAAAGGGUCGGACCAAAUUCAAAAUUGAUAACACCACCGGCAUCGUGUAUGCGCAAAAGACUCUUCUGGCAGGCGAAGAGUACGAGCUGAAUGUAAGAGUAACGGACAUGGGGGAACCGCCAAAACACAGCGUCUGCAAAGUCCUGGUCCGUACAGUACCCAUGCUGACCACCUCCAAGCACCCACCAAUCGUCAGGUCGCCCAUGGCCGUCAAGUUAACGGAAAGCGACGAAAUAGGUCUUCUGGUAGCUUCCAUCUCAGCCACCGAUCCGGAUAAUGAUACCCUUUGGUAUGACAUUGUUGAUGGCAACGAGAGAAAUGACUUCUUUAUUGGUCGAGACGUCGGGAAUAUCCUCAUCGCUCAACGGUUAGACUACGAAGUUCAGCACGAAUAUUCAUUAAACAUCAGUGUAACAGAUUCUGUGCACACUAUCUACACUCGACUCAAUAUUACCAUUCUUGAUAUCAACGACAACAGACCUACCUUUUCAGAAAACCUCUACAAAGUAGACAUAUCUGAAGCAGUGCCUUUGUAUACUGAAGUUCUGAAGCUGAAGGCUACCGAUAAGGAUUCCAACGAGAGUUUAAUAUACAGUUUCCAUUCUGCUGAGAACAUGAUAUCGCUACGUACUUUCAUGCUCAACCAGAUGACAGGUGUGAUCUCUCUAGCUGCCAGUUUGGACCGCGAAUCUCUUAACCAACAUAUUUUGACUGUCAUGGUCAAAGACGGCGGAAUACCAGCUAAGAAAAAUUUCGCGAGAGUCCAUAUUAUAGUUCACGAUCAUAACGACCACAUACCAACAUUUGCUGACAAGAUUUUAGUUGGGAAAGUGUUCGAAUCUUCAGCUGUGGGUAGCGCUGUCCUUCGAGCUUAUGCUGUUGACCACGACAGGGGCGAAAACGCUAGAAUUUCAUACUCCAUUAUCUCCGGUAAUGUCGGCAAUGUGUUCAGCAUUGAACCCGAGAUAGGUACCAUCACCAUAGCUCGAGAUUUGGAUCUAACCACAGUCAAAGAGUAUACGCUACAAAUUAAGGCUACAGACCAUGGUCAGCCACCUCUCUCAUCUACGGUGCCAGCACAUAUUAUGAUAACAAUGGCGGACAAUGCACCACCCAAAUUCGUAGCCAAAGAGCUAGCUGCAGAAAUAUAUGAAGACGUUCCUCUUGGAAGCUACGUAGCACAUUUGGACGUUAAGAGCACAUCUUCCUUGCAGUUUGAAAUAUUAUCAGGAAACAUCGACAGUGCUUUCGUUAUUAGCCCUAGUACUGGUGUUAUUACCACCAAUAAAUAUUUGGAUUAUGAGACUGUCAAAUACUACAAUUUAUCUGUGAUAGCAACUAACAUGGCAUCCAUUUCGGCGACUUGCAACAUCGUAAUCCACAUCUUAGACCGCAACGACAAUGUACCCGAAUUUUUACAGUCUCACUAUUAUGGAAUCAUCAGUGAAGCUGCACCCAUAAAAUCGUUGAUCCUCACCAACAAAAGUGAUCCUCUGGUAAUUAAAGCCUACGAUGCAGACUCUGAGGGCAACUCUUUGCUUGAGUAUACCAUUAUUGAAACUCUACCUAGAAAAUAUUUUGAGAUAGAUAGUAAUACUGGUGCAAUUAGGGUGAUAAAAUUAUUGGACCAUGAGACGUACGCUAGCUUUGCCUUUCAUGUACAAGUUUCUGAUCUAGGAACACCAAAAUUGUCUUCAGAUAACACAGCAAGAGUAGAUAUAGUAGUUCUGGAUGUUAAUGACUCUCCUCCAAUAUUCAAGAGCCCUAUUUAUAACGUAACAUUACUUUUACCACUAUACAGAAGCGUUGUAGUUAUUCAAGUAAAUGCUACAGAUCCAGAUGGACCAGAGACAGGUACUUUAAGGUACGAUAUAAUAGAAGGCAACAAGAUGGGUAUAUUUGAUAUUGAAUCAAAAACAGGAUUGAUUACUUUAGCAAAACCUGACAAUCUAAAACCUUCAUACAAGCUGCAUGUUAGAGUUUCUGAUGGAAAGUUCUCUAACGUUGCUAAAGUUUAUAUCAGAGUUGAUGAAUCCGACAAUUCAGGGCUAAUCUUCCAAAAAACCUUUUACGAAGGUACUGUUAUAGAAAACGCCACCAAAAUCCAUCCUGUUUGCGUCGUCAACGUCCUAGGCAGUUCCUUGAAUGAGCAUGUAGAGUUUCGAAUUCUAAACCCUACAGAUCUCUUUACCAUUGGUCCUACAUCAGGUGUCAUCAGAACAACUGGUCUCGAAUUUGACCGUGAGAUUCAAGACAAAUACGAGCUGAUAGUGGAAGCCAGAAGCAAUAUGCCACCAAGAGAUAAACCACGCGUCGCUCAUGUCAUAGUAAAUGUAACAGUUUUAGACAUAAACGACAAUUGCCCGAUGUUCGUCAAUCUUCCUUAUUACGCAGUUGUGUCAAUAGACGACGAGAAAGGUAGCACCAUCACGAAAGUACACGCCGUGGAUUUGGACGCAGCUGAGAACGGGGAAGUCCGAUACGAGCUAAUCAAAGGCCAUGGCGAACUCUUCAAGGUACAGAGGGAUUCAGGUAAUAUUGAGAUCAAACAAAACUUGGAGGGACACAAUAAGGAGUACGAGUUGUUGAUAGCGGCUUAUGAUAAAGGAAGUACACCAUGCCGAACAGACGUAACAGUUCACAUCAAGGUGAUCGACAGGUCUAUGCCAGUCUUCAAAAAGCAAUUUUACUCGGAGUCAAUUCCUGAAAACGUAGAGCUACAUUCGCCGCUCUCGAUCUCGAUCGAGGCCGAGUCGCCAUUAUCUCGGAAGUUGAUUUACAGUAUCGUCAAGGGCAACGAGAUGGAGCAGUUCGCUCUGGAUUUUAACACAGCCCCAGAUACUAACACAGGUCCCUGUGUCAUAUCUGUAGUUGAUGAGUUGGAUUACGAAGAACAAGCUCUAUUUGAACUCACCAUAAGAGCAACUGAUUCAGUUUCCGGUGUCUACGCAGAGGUUCCUGUUUCCAUAGUUCUUCAAGAUGUCAACGAUUGUCCUCCAGAGUUUACUGAAGAAAACUAUAACGUCUCAAUAUCAGAAGCAGCCCAGUUCGGUUCACCAGUACUGACUGUAUUGGCUCUUGAUAGCGAUACAGGUGUGAACAAAGAAAUAACUUACUCAAUAUCAAAGGAAGAUAGCAAAGACCACGAAUAUUUCUUCAUUGAUGAAAAUGAUGGAACAGUUUAUCUUAAGCAGUCACUGGAUCAUGAAGAGUCAAGCUUGCAUCAUUUCGUGGUCAUAGCCACCGAUAAAGGCAGUCCCAGUUUGUCUAGUACUGCUCACGUGUGGCUGAAAGUUAUGGACAUGAACGACAAUCCUCCCAAAUUCGAGCAGACCAGCUACUCUUGCGGUCUGUCGGUAAGCGCCAAACGAGACCAAUUCGUGACGGUCGUCAGAGCGAGCGACCUGGACGAGGUGGAUCGGAACAGUUUACGAUACUCAAUAGUAAACGGUAAUGAUCAUCAAACUUUCUCGAUGGAUCCAGAAACUGGAAUAAUAACUCUCACUAACUUGGCCAACUUCGGGUCGCAACACAUCAUGCUGCUGAACGUGUCUGUGUCGGACGGCGUUUAUACAACUUUUGCCAGAUUGAAAGUGGAACUAUUGCCCGCUAAUUUGCAUCCGCCCCAAUUCAGGGAUAUUAUCAGGGACGUACAGGUACCAGAGAACAGAUUACCAGGUUUUACUGUCACCAUAGUAAACGCCACCGACGAAGACAUGGGCGAGUUUGGAAUAAUUUCGUAUAAUAUCCACUCUCCUCUCCUCAGCGAGACCUUCUCCAUUGAGAAAUCUUCCGGAAAAAUAACAACAAAAACGAAACUAGAUAGAGAAAAACACAAAAUGUACGAAAUUCUAGUCAGUGCCACGGACGGAGGGGGACUCUCGGACUUCAUGACAGUGAGAGUAAAAGUUGGAGACGAAAAUGAUAACACUCCAAAGUUUUUGGUCAAAGAGUACAAAGUGAGCAUUCACUCUAACUUAACUACUAGUAGCAGCUUCGCUAAAAUAAAAGCAGUCGAUGAUGAUGAAGGAAUUAACGCAGAGUUAGUAUAUACCAUAUACGAGAAGAAGCAGUCCGAAGUUGGGAGCAUUUUCGCCAUUAAUCACAUUACUGGAGAGUUGUAUUUACUGAAGAAUGUGUACAACUCUGUUGGCAAAACUUUCCAGUUUUUCGUUAAAGCUAGCGACCGAGGACGACAAGAAAAACAUGCAGAAGUUCCUGUAAGCGUCCUCAUAAUGGGACCAAAGGACUUCCCUCCGAUAUUUGAACGAGAUGUAGGAAAGUUCUUCCUUUCUGAAAAUUCAGCCACAGGUACCGUUAUUACUCGACUGAAGAUGGUUUCCAACAUCUCCGUUAAUUUCCAAAUAAUAUCAGACUCUGAGGAUGAUCCGCAAUUCUCGAUUGAUUCCCAAGGGCAGAUUUCUUUGUCCAAACCGUUGAAUUUCGAGAUGCAGAGUUCCCAUUUCAUCGGAGUUUUGGCUCUAACUGAUUCUAGUCCGCCUUUAGUAGCAUUCGCUGAAAUAAUACUGCAAGUUCAAGACGAAAAUGAUCACGCCCCACAAUUUGAAACUUCGUUGUACCAUUUGAACUUGGCCGAGAAUGUUGAAGAAGGAAGAUCUGUUUUAAGAGUAAUCGCCCAUGACGAUGACCAAGGUAAUAACGGGGAAGUCCGUUAUAAUUUCGCUUCAGACAUAGGAGAUACGGCAAAUUUAUUCGCAAUAGACAGCCACACGGGAUGGAUAAGCGUUAUAGCCAAGCUGGACAAAGAAGUCAAAUCUGAAUACAAAUUUUUCGUAACAGCGACUGAUAACGGUUCUCCCAAACACUCUGCAAGAACUACAGUUUUAAUACGGCUUAAAGAUUAUAACGACAGUCCGACUACUUUCAGGGAAAGUUUCUACAAUAGCAGCGUUGACGAAGAUUCACUGCCUGGAACUGUCGUGCUGACUUUGGAAACUAACGACGCUGAUAUUGAUUUAUCCACUCCAGUUGAUUACUACAUAGUUUCUGGAGAUCCUAGUUCGAAUUUCCAGGUGAAACAAACUGGAGAGAUAUACGUUGCGAAACUUUUGGAUCGCGAGAAAAUUAGCGCGUAUACUUUGGAAGUCGUUGUUACUGAUGGCCUGUUUACCGAUAAAACGAAGAUUGAGGUCAACAUUGGAGAUGUUAAUGAUAAUCCACCAUACUGCCUAAAACACCGUUACAAGGAAAUCCUCUCAGAAGGCAUUUUCCCGGGGUCCUACGUCCUCACAGUUCUGGCCACGGAUCUUGACGGACCUGAACAUUCAAAAUUGCGAUACGUUCUAACCGGAAACGGAUCAGAAAUUUUCUCUUUAGAUAAAGAAACUGGUAUUUUGAAAACUGUGGCAUAUCUUGACCGAGAAAAGCAAUCUAAAUAUAUUCUGACAGCCCAUAUCCAUGACAAGGAAGUAGCUGUUUGGGAAUGCUCAUCUCAGAUAGAACUGACCAUUUCUGAUCUAAAUGACAAUGCUCCGUUGUUUUCUUUGCCGUAUUACUCGAUAACUUUACCGGAGGAUGUCGAAAUCGGUACAUUGGUGACCAAAAUCCACGCCUCCGAUGCAGAUGUCGGAAUGAACAGGAAAGUGAAAUAUUCGUUCUUGGACUCCUUCCACGAUCAUUUUAGAGUUGAACCUGACAGCGGUAUUGUAACGUUAUCUAAACCUUUAGAUAGAGAAAUCAAAGCUAUGUAUAAUCUAACUGUGCAGGCUACAGAUCAAGGCGCUCCUCAGCUAUCUAGUACCGUGCAUCUCAUUGUUAACGUUCAAGAUAUUAACGAUAAUCCCCCAGAAUUUGAAACAAAGUAUUACUUUGCCACAGUACCAGAAAUCGACAGUAUUGGUACCGAAGUAGUCAGAGUACUGGCUACAUCGAAAGAUAUUGGAGCCAAUGCUGAAGUUUAUUACUCGAUUAUUGGUGGUAACGAGCACAAGAAGUUUGCUGUACACAACAAAACGGGAGUUAUUACAAUAGCCGACAUUUUAGAUUUCGAAAGAGCUAGAGAUUACUUCUUGACGAUUCAAGCCAUAGAUGGAGGAAUUCCACCUUUGAGUAAUGUUGCUACUGUAAAUAUCACUGUAGUAGAUUGUAACGACAAUGCUCCUGUCUUCAAUCAAGCUUCGUACAGUGCCAGAAUCAGGGAAGAUGCUCAAAUUGGUGAUAAGAUCUUACAGGUUGUGGCUACGGAUCUGGACAGUGACAAAAACGGAGAAGUAACAUAUUCCAUAAUAAAAGGAAACAACCAAGGCCAGUUCGAUAUUGACGAAAAAUCUGGAUACGUUUUUGUCGCAUCAGAACUCGAUAGAGAAUCUGUCUCCAGCUACGUCUUGGAGAUAUUGGCCAAAGAUAAUGGUUUACCAGUUUUGUCCCGUCAGACAUUGCUCAAUAUUGAAAUUUCCGAUGCGAACGAUAACCCUCCCUUGUUUUCUCAAGCAAACUACAGUGUCAUUGUACAGGAGGACAAGCCUCUAGGAUAUUCGAUUCUAAAAUUCGAAGUUACAGAUGAUGACACUAUACCCAACACCGUUCCGUACACAUUCGACUUCCGUAGCGGGAACGAAGGUAACAGCUUCAGACUCGACCAAGAUGGUGUCUUGAGAACAGCAACAAAAUUCAACCACAAAAUAAGAGACACCUACUUGCUACAGAUACGAGUAUUCGACAAUGGUAGUCCACCCCUGUUUUCGGAUACCUGGGUGGUUGUGAAAGUAAUCGAAGAAUCGCAGUAUCCUCCAGUGAUCACUCCUCUUGAGAUCAAUAUUAAUAGCUAUCUGGAUGAGUACCCUGGUGGGAUUAUUGGACGAGUUCACGCGAAUGAUCAAGAUCAGUAUGAUACUUUAACCUUUUCUUUAUCUCCUACUCUUGGUAUUUCGUAUCCUACCCACGAAUUGUUUAGAAUCAAUAAGACGGAUGGCACCUUAUCAGCUUUACCAAGACUAGAUGUUGGGGACUAUCGGUUAAACGUCACAGUUACCGAUGGAAAGUUCUUUACACACGCAGUCAUUAAGAUCAAUAUCGAAAUAUUAUCAGAAAGAAUGCUAGAAAACGCUGUAGGAAUAAGGUUCAGAGAAGUACGACCAGAAACAUUUAUAUUAAGUCACCGAAAAGGUUUUGUAAGAGCUAUAAGAAACGCUUUGAACUGCAGAUUGAAGGAUGUUAUCAUAAUAAGCGUUCAACCCUCAUCUAACGAUGAUAUAAUUAGAGUAAAACGAUACAGCAACAAAGAUUUAGAUGUUCUCUUUACCGUUCACAAACCAGAUGAAGGUUAUUUCUCACCUGAAACAAUAAAGAAAGCUCUGAACGACAACCUACAAGAACUUGAAGAAAGUACCAAGCUAGUUGUAGAAGAAAUCGUAAGGUUUAAGUGUUCAAAUAAAUACUGCAUAUACGGCGUUUGUCAAGACCACUACGUGUUAGACACAACCUCGAUAGACCCCAUUUGUACAGACGUUACGAGUUUUGUAUCUCCCAAACAUCAACAAAAGAUGGAAUGUAUAUGUAAAGAAGGCUACGGCGGGGAUAAAUGUGAUGCUAUAGUAAACGAAUGUGCCAGACAACCUUGUGAGCCUUUCAAGCUUUGUGUACCCGAUGCUUCGCAGGUCGGUUAUUCUUGUCAAUGCCCAGAAGGUUACGCUGGAUCUACGUGUGAUAUCGACAUUUCCAAAUGUCAUGAAAACAACUGCUACAUCGCUCGAAAUCCCAUAUCGUUUAGUGGAAAAAGCUACUCACAGUACCGAAUUAUCAAUAAGAAGUCUAUCGAAGAUAAAUUUAGUUUGAGUCUGAGAAUACGAACUGUACAGCCCACUGGAAACCUCCUCUACGCUUCUGGAAAGAUAGAUUACAAUAUUUUAGAAAUCGUCAAUGGUAGGAUCCAAUUCCGUUAUGAAUUAGGCAGCGGAGAAGGCAUCGUUCGCAUUCCCAAUGUCUUCAUUUCAGACGGAAGCUGGCACGAAGUGAAACUCGAACGAGACAGAAACAACGCAAAAAUCAUCAUCGAUGGCAUUCACAAUGCUCAAGGCUCUGCACCCGGAGUCAGCGAAAUCCUCAACCUCCAAAGCGAUGAGUUGUACCUUGGAGCAGAAGUUCACCAACAUCCCACAGUUCUGGGCUUCGAAGAUAUCCAAAAAGGUUUCAUAGGGUGCAUGGAUGAUAUCAGACUAUCCCGUGUUUCAGUGCCUUUACAUAAAUCCGGGGAAAACUCAGUGGUUGUGUUAAAACGCUUCGCGAACGUGGAGUUUAGUUGCGAUACCGCCACGAUCUUAAUCCCACCCGGGCCUUGUGGAUCGCAACCGUGCAUGAACGGUGGUACUUGCAAAGAAAAUAAGAACGGAUACGAAUGUUCCUGCCACUCUAGAUUUACCGGAACUCUCUGCGAAAGAGACACGGAUCCAUGUGCAUCUUCGCCUUGUCUCUUCGGUGGCAAAUGCACACCAACAGUGACCGGAGACUUUACUUGUGAAUGCGUGUACAUGCUGAGCGGAAAGAGAUGCGAAUAUGGCAGAUAUUGUGCCCCGAACCCAUGCAAACACGGCGGAGUCUGCGAGGAAGGAGACGACGGGCCUCUUUGCAAAUGCAGGGCAUUUGCUGGAGAAUUUUGUGAGUUCGAUUUGAAUGAAUGUGAGUCGUCGCCGUGUCAGAAUAGCGGAUCUUGCAUCAACGAAUUCGGAUCUUUUCACUGCGCUUGCCCUCCGAAUGUUACAGGUCCUUACUGCGCGAACGUCAUCUACAACACACCGUUUUCUACUGCUUUCUACAACUUUACUUAUAAGGAGCUCGCCUUCCUCGGUGUCGGAUUCGUUGUUAUUUUAUUAAUAGCGAUAAUUAUCAUAGUGGUAUGUUGUAAAUACUUCUGUAAAUGUAAGAAGAAGCGUAACAUGAAUAACGAAAAUCUUAAGGACAAUAUAGUUCUUAACUCGAAUAGAGCACACGAGCUGUCUGAGUUUAAACGUGGUUCCAAAAUUAGCAACUUAGAAGUGAAUCAUCAAAGAGAGCCGGCUUGCCCACCCCGACCAGUGUCUUAUACCCCAAGCUCGCAAAACGAUCCCAUCUACAACAGCAACGCAGCUACAGUGAUGCUGAACAACCUAGACACGCUGCGCAGCUACGGAUCCGCUGGAGACGAGCUCGAGAACGUUCCUUCCGACUACGUCAGGCCGGACUACGUCAAAAACCUGAACCGAAACACCCCUCCAGGUUGCGUGAGCAACCACUAUGAUUCGGAAAAGUCUACAUUUGCCGAGCAGAUGCAUUUAGCUUCCUCUUUAACUGACAGAUCAAAGAUCAAAAAGGGCACCAAUAUUCCCGACUACAUUCGGGUGGCAGCUACGAAUAACUGUGAUAAUAUUACAAGACUGUACGGAGGCAGAAGCAACGGCACCAGUAACAUAAAGAGCAACGGUUCAGUCAGCGGAGACGAUCAACGGAACACUGGAAGUUAUCAUUGGGAUUGUUCAGAUUGGGCGAGGCACAGUCAGACGUUGCCCAACAUAACCGAGGUACCGGGUAGCGAAAUUCCCGACUCUUCCAGUUUUCACAGUAAUGAAAGCAACGAAUCCCACUAUCAUCCGCACUCUUCCUCGGUGUCGGGAUAUCACAUGGACCCUCGCAGAGACAUUGCCACGCUAAACGAAGAUAUCGAAACUGAAUACAAUGCGGACAACAUCUAUAGAAUGAAUCGAAUCAGCCCGAAUUUCAGCGCUAUCGAUAGCGGUAACGAAGAUUUUAGAUUCGCCACAGCCGAUAGUUAUACACGUCAUCCAAACUCUUACCUCCCAAGCCACGAAUACAACAUUCCCACUGAAGUCGACGAUUGCCUGCAGAGUCCUGAAGGAGAAUCGGACGACGUCGAACCCUACGGAUUCCCUAGUAAUAGAAAUAGAAGGAAAAACUGUGAUGAUGAUAUUGCUUCCGUAAUUACCACAUUAGAAGAAAGACAUUCCCUUCUCGGCUGCCCGAGCAUAAGCGAUCUCUCCACAAACCUUUGCGAAAUAGAAGAUUCAGAAAACGAGUCCGAGCACAAACCACUUAACAGCUAUCUAGGAGGCGUACAACAGACCUCAGUCUGACACAAACCUCACACGGGUACGACCAGAAGGACCCGUUUCCUUGGAUAGUAUAAGAUGACCACUGUACCAAUGGAUGACGUUAACUGUUAAGUUUGAAUUUAAGUGAAAUUUAGAUAGGAACGACGUGAUUAUUAACUAUUCGACGUGUAGUUGAGCUAAAACGUUUUAUUUGUGAAAAAUUUUACUGUAUUAUUUCUGAUACAGAUCUUUUUCGAAAAACUGUAUAAAAAUGUAUGUUUCGGUCACUUUUAGUUUAAAACAAAAAGAAAAAUCGAAGCUUGAAAAAUCGAUUUAUAUAAAUUUGUUUAAAUACUGAGUGCUAUUCGAUUCUUUGUUAAAGUUACAAACAGUAAUCGGUUAUUGAGAAAUUGAAUUGCAUCUUCGAAAGGUAUCAUAUUAAAAAACUGUAGCUUCUCUUACUCUCUACAUUUUUUUCCAGUAUUAAAAGCUUCGUGCUCUCCAUAAAUGUUUCCCUAGUUAGCAGUAUUCUAUUCUAUCUUUCUUCUCCAGAAAGCUAAAAGUUUGUAAGACAGUUGAGAAUGGAUGCUGGCUUGAAUAUCUAAUCCACGAUAGCUCCAAAACUUCCGAAUAAUUUUCAAUAAGGCCUUCCUGGCUUGGUCGACUCAUUUCAUUAUCGGGAUCCAGUUGAUCAUUCUAGCCCGAUCAAAGAACAAUCUGACCCAAAAAAAAAAGGAAGGAUGUAAAUUUGGGAAUAGGCAUUUGAAAUUGUCUAUUAUAUAAGAAAAAGUUUACAAUUCUAUAUCCCCUCCAUUUUACAAAAAGGGUAAUACCUUUUCUCGGGGGUUAAAAAAUAUACAUUCAAAAUAAGCCCGGAAUUGGAUAAAAUGACUAAUUCUAAGCAACUUUUGUUUGAUAGAGUUUUUUCACUAAGUCAAUACUUUUCGAGUUAUUUGAGAAUGAAUAUGUUCAUUUUUAACAAAAAAAAAACAUGUUUUUGGACGGUUUUUCGCAAAUAACUCAUAAAGUAAGUAUUUUAUCGAAAAAAAUAUUCUUAGUAAAAAUAUUCUUAUAAAAUAUUCUUAUAAAAAAGUGAAAAAAAUGGUGUAUGCAUGAAAUAUGUGUACCCAGUAGAAGCGGAGUUGUAGCUAAUAAAAAGUAGGUUCUUAUUCGUCCAAUUCCAAAUCGAAUAUUUCAACGUGAAAUAACCAAAAAACGAAGCACUUUCCGGGGAAAACUCAUGAUAACUAUUUUAAAGUGUUUAAAAAAAGGUUUUUUUGUUUUUUUUUAACUUCUAACAUUAAAAGAUAGUGAGUUAUGCUCAAAAUAUUGUUGGUCGCUUUUAUUUCUUGGUAAAAAAAUCACGAAAAUCACCCCCUAAUUAGCAUCCCAAAUAAAAUUAAUCGUUACCGCUUCACAAAUUACUUUGCUUAUGUAUUCUUUAUAAGAUCUGUAAAUUUCAUUUGUUCAGUUUUAAAAAACAAAAAUAAAACAUUUUUCAAACAUUUUAAAAAAAUUGCAAUGAGUUUUCCCCGAAAUGUGCUCCGUUUUUUGGUUAUUUCACGUUGAAAUAUUCGAUUUGAAAUUUGACGAAGAAGAACCUACUUCUCAUUAGCAACAACUCUGCUUCAACUGGGUCAAUAGACUUCAUGCAUACACCAUUUAUUUCACUUUUUUAUAAGCUAUAUUUUCACUAAGAAUAUUUUUUUCGAUAAAAUACAUACUUUUUCAGUUAUUUGCAAAAAACCGUCCAAAAGCAUGUUUUUUUUGUUAAAAAUGAACAUAUUCACUCGCAAAUAACUCGAAAAGUAUUGACUUAGUGAAAAAACUUUAUAGAACAAAAGUUGCUUAGAAUUGGUCAUUUUAUGCAAUUCCGGACUUAUUUUGAAUGUAUAUUUUCACCCCCGAGAAGGGGUUAUUCCCCUCCAUUUUAUAAAAUGGAGGGGAUGUAGACUUGUAAACUUUUUCUUGUAUAAUAAUAGACAAUGUCAACUACCUAUUCCCAAAUGUUCAUCCUUCCUUUAUUUGUUUGGAGGUUUUCGUAAAGUUUUGUGUUCCUUGAUCGGGCUAUUCAGAAGACCAAUUAUUUUAAGUUGAAUUUCUUUUCCAGCUCCGUAUACGUAACGUAUAUGUAACUUUUGCAUUUACUUAAUUAUUUCUACCUCAUAAAUAUAGUUUUCGUAGUGUUUACCACUUUUUUUGAGAAGAGAGAAGACCUGUAUUUCGUUUUAUUUUUGAAGAUGUACUAUUGAUAUUGAGUAACAUUAAAGAUUGCUGCUGUUAAAGUAGAACCAGCAAUCUAAAAGACUCAUUCCUAAUAAAAAUAAACAAUUACUUGAGUAUGAGGUAUACUUUGAGUAAAAAGGAGGCCAUGUUUGUUUAUAACAUCUGGUCAACAAGUCAAUAUUUACAUACAUAUUUCUUUUUCUCGAUUUUGAACGUGGGCAAUGAUAUUUUUUCAGUUCUUAUUUUAUAUUUUCUUCAUAUUUGAUGUAAUUAAACGUACAAUGCAAUAGUAAAGAGAAAGUCUAGAUACUGCAUGACGCCAAACUGUCACAUUAGUCUCUCUCUUCGAUCCUGACCCCCCGGAGGGAUUGUAGUGGUAGGUCGACGUGAUGUCGUGUAUUGUCCGUCUCCAAAGAUCUCUGUCUCUGGUCAUUUCUUUUAACAAAUGCAUAGGUUUUUGCAUAUUCCUGUAAUUUUAUUGAUCCAUCUUGUUGGAGAUCUUCCUCGUGAUCUUCGGCUUUCCACCUUUCCUUGUAUAAUGAGUCCUUCCCAUGUUUUCUGUGUUUGCUCUCAUAACAUGUCCAAAGUAUUUUAAUUGUUGGAGAUGGACUUUACUGGAGAGUCUUUGGCUAACUUUUAGCUCUCUUAAAAUUGAAUUAUUGGUCCUACGGUUACGGUCGGUUCAAGGAAUUAGUAUCAUUCGUCUCCAACAGAACAUUUCAGUGGCAGGCAACUAUCGUUCUUCUUUUCGAAUUUCUUAGGGUCUAAGAUUCACAUCCGUAGGAUAGUAUUGGGAAUAUUAAGCAGUUGAUUAACCUCAUCUUUAACGCUCUUGAAAUUUGACAGUCUUUCCAUAUUGUGGUCAUUUUUCUGUGGCAACUUUUGCUAGAUCACAGUUUUAUUUCUUCUUGUAGUGACCCUGUGUUUGUGAUUAAUGAUCCCAGAUAUAAGUAUGAGCUCACAGCCUCAAACCGGUCAAUUGUGGUUAUGUGUGGAUGAUUGUUAUGUAGUCUAUCCAGUAUCAUGAUCUCUGUCUUUGAUAUGUUUAAUUGCAGAACAAAUAUUUGACUUUCUUUUCCGACUAGUCGUAUAAGAUCAAUCAGCUCUGCUUGACUAUUUACAAGAAGGGUUGUGUCUGCGAAACGUUGUUUAGUUUAUGGCCAUUUAUUGAGAUUCCCUUUUCCUAUCUUUCAAGUGCUCUUUUCAUAAUAUGUUGUACAAUUCGAUUUUUUACUUUAAUUGAUUUAUGUAAAUCGAUUGUUUGCCGAUAUUUCUUGAUGUGUCAUUUAAGCGAACCUAGAAAUAAAAUAAAACAUAAAUUCUUUUCGGUUGAUAUUUAAAAAAGAAUCCCAUUUUUCCUGGAUAGAACCAGUCGGCUCGAUACAAACAUUCGAUAUUAAAUAAACUAUUCGGGAAUUGAAGAAUAAUAUACUUAAAAAAAUUAUCGUAUAGUCCGCAUAUCAAGACAGUUAAGCGAGGAAUUUUUUUAUACUAAUAUAAUAUUGUGUUAUAUUUAUUUUACUCUUCUUUCUAUGUAACUUUUUAGGAUAUAUUGUGAUAGACUGUCUCUGUAGCUUUCUCCUCGUCAAAUUCCUCUUUUAACUGCGAGCUACUUAAAGAAAAUUAUGUAAAUAAAAGGACCUAAAAUAUUUUUGUAAUGUUAGUGAAAUAUUCGAAAAACAGGGUCCGUAUAUUCAACCCUCUGUAUUUAUUAUGUCUUUUUUAUGUUCUAUGAAGGGUUGAAUAUGCCAAACCGUUUAUUAUAAGUAAUUGUUUUGGGAACCGAUACUCUGAAUCUCUAUAAAAAUUAGAACGGUAUUUUAACAAGGGAUCCAGACGUUCGGUUCUUGCUAAAUAUUUCGUAUUUUUUUAAAUAGGUAAAUAGGGUUCUCACAUAGCAUCAUUGCCAUUUUUGUAUUACUUUUACACCCAACAUAAUGUAGAAAUAAGAUUUUUUAUAUCUAUACUUUAUUUUGAGCUUAAGUUUCGUCGUUAUCUUUAUUACCAAAUCUGAUAAAUAACUUUGUGGUAUAACUGAACUUUUUCCUAAUAAUUGCGAACCCUAGAGAAACAGAUCGCUCAACUUAUCUCUUACCCUCCCCUCUUUCUAUAUCUCGUUCAUGUGUUCGUUUCAUCAUUCAUGUAUUUUGCUCUAUUCCUUUCUCUUUCUUAUAAACCGUCUACAAUUUUUAAUACCUGUAGGUACGUGCUUAUAUUAAUAUUACAUGAUCUGAGCCUUUGUCUUUUUAGUUCUCUAUCUCCCUCAUCUUCACUAUUUUUUAUUCGUUAUUCUCCCAUCUUCUGAGUGUUAUAUAUCUAAUGUUACUAUUUGAUUUUUCUGUUUACUAUUUUAUUUCUUGAUACACACAUCAAAGUGGUCUAGGUCUAGGGGACACAGUGAUCAAAAAAUAAUUAAAUGGUAAUUUGAUAAUUUAUUUGGAAAAUAUGGCAAUGCAACAAAUCUGGAUGCUGCUUAACGAUAAAUUGUGAAUAACACAACAACCGAUCGAUGUAUACAGGGGGUUUAAAAAAUUGAAAAAAAUAAUUAAACAAAAAUUCUCAACUAAAAUUUAAAAAUAAAGUCGUAGGCUCUUGUUAGUACAGUGUAUGAUCACCGCUAUAAACAGCUUCAAAACCAAAUAAGAAGAAAAAUAAGGGAGGCUAAAAAAACCUACUUCUCUGAAAAAUGUAAAGAAAUAGAACUGCAAAACAAAUAUGACAACUUCGACCUACAUAAAAAAGUCAAAGAACUAGCCAGAAUAGGAAAUAGAAGAACCUCAAAUAUAUUGCUCGACAAAAAUGGAAAUAUUAUAAUGGAGACAGAACGAAAACUACGACGAUGGAAAGAGUACAUCGAGGAACUAUUUCAUGACUAGAGAGAAGCUAGUACAUCCGUAGAUAGCCAAACCCGAGAUGUGGGCCCAGAGAUAACCAAAUCAGAGGUUAGUCAGGCAAUAGACUCUAUGAAAACCAAUAAAUCUGCUAGUCCAGAUGAAUUACCUAGCGAUCUGAUAAAGUUGGUCAACGAGAAAAACCUGGACAUAAUAGUAGAAGAACUGUGCAACGCUAUCUAUACUACGGGAAUGAUUCCUAGAGAAGUGUUGACAUCAGCAUUUGUGUGUUUGCCAAAGGAAGUGAAUGGCAAAGAAUGCAGUGACUAUCGAACCAUAAGCUUAAUGUCACAUACCUUGAAAAUUCUGCUGAAAAUUAUCCACGCCAGAAUACACUCUAAACUGAAGCUGGAUAUUAGUGUCACUCAAUAUGGGUUCCGCAAUGGUAUGGGUACCAGAGAGGCAUUAUUCUCCUUCAACGUGCUGACACAGAGAUGUUUGGAUGUUAACCGUCCUCUUUACGUCUGUUUUAUGGACUACAAUAAAGCGUUUGAUAAAGUAAAACAUGAUCGACUCAUGGAAAUUCUGAAAACUAAAAACCUAGAAGAAAGAGAUUUAAGACUAAUAACACACCUCUAUUACAAUCAGCGAGCAAUAGUAAGAAUUGAAAAAGAAACAUCUGAAGAAAUGGAAAUAAAGAGAGGAGUCCGGCAAGGCUGCAUACUAUCACCUCUAUUAUUUAACGCUUAUUCUGAAGAGGUAGGUAAUGCGAGAAAUUCUGGAAGAUGAAACAGUCGGCAUAAGAGUAAAUGGAGUCUUAGUUAACAACAUCAGAUAUGCAGAUGAUACAGUAAUAAUAGCCGAUAGUUUACAAGACCUGCAAAGACUCAUGAGUAAAAUAGUAAGGUGUAGUAGGGAGUAGGGACUCUCUCUCAAUAUCAAAAAGACGAAGUUUAGGAAAAUUAGUAAAAACAAACAUAAUACUAACGAAAUCUUAAUAGUAGAUGGCCAGCAGAUCAAAAGAGUAAAAAAGUACACUUACCUUGGAACACUUAUGAUAGAAAAUAAUGUCUAAACUGCAGAAAUAAAAGUCAAAAAGCACGUUCUGAUUUUAUGAAAAUAAAAAAGAUCCUAUGUAGCAAAGAUUUAACAUUAGCUCUUAAAGUACGCCUAACAAAAUGUUACGUAUACAGUGUACUAUACUAUGGAGUGGAAUCAUGGACGUUAAAUGUAGAGACAAUGAGACGACUUAACGCCUUUGAAAUGUGGACCUAUAGAAGAACUAUGAGGGUUUCCUGGGUAGAUAGAGUUACGAACAACGAAGUACUAAGAAGAAUAGGUAAAGAGAAGGAAGUUGAACUUACAAUUAAAGAAAGAAAA